UCAGCCUGGGCACCAUGGUGCGGCCAGACACGUUCGCGCCGGAGAAGCUCCAGGCGUUGCUGGACGUCUUCGCCGAGCUGCCGCAGAGGGUGCUCUGGAAGGUGGACCCAACCAAGGUGCCGCGCCUGCCGCCCAACGUGAUGGCCAGCAAGUGGAUGCCGCAGAACGACGUCCCCAACCACCCGCACGCGCGCGUGUUCAUCACGCACUCCGGCCUGAUGGGCAGCCAGGAGGCGGUGGCGGCGGGCGUGCCCAUGCUCGCCACGCCCAUGUUCGGCGACCAGUUCCUCAACGCGGACCGCGUCGUGGCCGGCGGCAGCGGCCUCAAGCUGCUCUACCGAGACCUCAGCCGAGGGGCGCUGGCCGCCGCCCUCAACCAGCUGCUCAACGACCCGAGGUAUUACGAGCGCGCCAAGCAGUUAUCACAGCUGUUCCGGGACCGCCCCCGGCCGCCGCUGGAGGAGGCGGUGUACUGGGUGGAGUACGUCAUCAGGCACCAGGGGGCGCCGCACCUGAGGUCCGCCGCCAUGGACCUGGCCUGGUACCAGUACCUGCUGCUAGACGUCUCUGCCUUCGUAGUGGCCACGAUGGCAGCGGCGCUGCUCGUACUGUACCUCGUCAUUCGCAAAAUAUCGUCCUGCUUGGUGGGGGCCUCUUGCCCCGUGCCAAAGGGGAAGAAGAGGAACUGAGACGAUCCACACCACAGCCCACGAUAACAGUUAAAUGUACCACCCACCGUCGCAUCUUUGGAUAGGCUGUAUUUGGGACUGUCGUAGAUAUGUUAGCAGAGCUGUACAAAAUAACUGUGUUAAUUUAUUUGAACCAGUUUCCGAUGACAUUCUGGAGCACUGCCAAUAAUAUUAUGAGAUUGCCUGUAAAAUACUUGAUGCAGGUGUUUGAC